GUGCACCGCGGUGUCAAGAUGGCGGCGCCCAGCGAGGGCCGGCCGGGCCGUGGCGCCUCGCCGUUCCCGGGCACCGACAGUGGCUCCUUCGCCUUCCCCUUCGCUGUCCCGCACGGCGCCGCGGGCUCCGGGGCGGAGGAGCCGUCCAAGAAGCCGUGCCGAGCCUGCACGGAUUUCAAGAGCUGGCUCCGCGAGCAGAGGAAGCGGGCGGCCCCGGGUGGCGGGGACCUGACGGUCACGGAGGAGAAAGAGCCGCCGCCGGACUGUCCGCUUGACAGCGAGCAGCUGGGCCGCAACACCUGGGCGUUCCUGCACACCAUGGCAGCGUACUACCCCGACCACCCCACCGGUGCCCAGCAGAAGGAGAUGAGGGAGUUCAUCAACCUCUUCUCCAAGUUUUACCCUUGCGAGCACUGUGCUGAGGAUCUGAGGGAAAGAUUACGUACAAAUCAGCCUGAUACUAGCAACAGAAAUAACUUCUCCCAGUGGUUGUGUCUUCUUCAUAAUGAAGUGAACAGGAAACUGGGGAAAUCUGAAUUUGACUGCUCUCGUGUGGAUGAGCGCUGGCGAGAUGGUUGGAAAGAUGGUAGUUGUGAUUAAUCCGUAGAGAGUGCUUUGGAAAUCUAACAGACCAAUUCAAUGCGGUGUUGAGUCACUACAGGGAGAUGUGUGAGUCAGUAACUGUGUGUUUGUGUGCUUGUGUGUGUGACUGAUAUGGCUUGUGGAAAUAAAGGUAAACCAAUUCUAAAAGUAAAUUUGAAAAUCUUGUCCUAAUAAUAUUUUGAUAAACAGUCACAUAGAUGUAUUACCUGAGGGAUUGAGGCCUUACAUUUGACACAGGAAUUGCCAGAAACCUGUGAAAUUAAAUCACUGACAAACUCAUGGAGACUUUUUCAUUAUGACAUUUCCUUAUUUUAGGGGCAUUUGCUUAUUUCUGUGACCAGGAUUCAUUUUCCCUGAACACAGUUGUAGAGGGCUGCCCCGUGGCAUUUUACAUUUAUCUGCAGGCAUUAGCCUGAUGUUUUAGAAAAUUUAUCUGGAUUAAUUGUAAUUUUCAUUUCUGUUGUUCUGAUAGAGAAAACACAUGCUGUGUUUUGUGCCAGGUCUGUACCCCCAGAUCUCUCUUUUGGAGAUCUCCAAUGCUUGUUGCUAAACUUGCAUCCAGUUCCUUUGAAAAAAGGCCUGAAGGCAGGUACAUUUAAUUUAAGUACUAAAAUCAUGGAGCCCAGAUGUCUCAUUUUAUUUUUGUGUUUCAACUUAUCAUGUAAGAGGACAUUGUAGAAAGGGAAACUAAAGCAGGACAAAAAAAAAGCCCUCAUCUGAUGAAUGGAAUGAAGUGUCAAGUGGGUGAAACUCAAACGUUUUAAAUUGAUUGCUAAUUUUCUUUGGAUCCAGAAGUGGUAUGAUGAUAAGUUCUACUGAACUACUUAUUCUUAAAGCAGAUAACCUCUUUGUCUCUGCUGUGAACUUUUGUCAGUUGUGAAAAUAGCUUGAGACUGAUAUCUGUAAUGAAGCAUAUUCAGCUUUGUUUAGCAUACAGUAUUUCUGAGAUGUCACUUGUGUUUUGAAAUUCUUGAUUGGUACUGGCUGACCUGGUUGAUAUUCUGGUGUUAUCCCCUAGCUAAAAACCUCUCUAGAACAAAAGGACUUUACAAGCCCCCUGCAGUAUUUCAGUCCUCCUUAAGACUGCGAUGUCAGCUUUACAUAGUAUUUAUUGCACAGCGGACUCCUUUGAGUCCCUAGGGUAGAUUCCCUCUGUAGAAACUGGUCAGAAUCCAUGCUGUGUGUAUUUUUCCUAGGCCAGCUGUACUGCAUCGGUGUAUUGAUACAUAAGUGUGAAUUUCAGAUUCAAAUGAAAUAGCAGCAUAAAUUAUUUAUAUCACAAUGCAUAUAAACACAUCUCUUUUUUUAUAAAGAGAUAGCUUACAAAAAAAAGUAAAAAUAAUUUCAAGUUCUUAAAGUAGAUAGCGAUAUGCCCUUAUUGCAUUUCUGGCUGUGAAAAGUUUGCAGGAGUUUGCACAAACCAUGACAAUAGUUGGCUUUUUGCUUCUGUACUUCCUGCUGAGGUUUUCUUGUGUGUUUUAGUGAGCUUCCUUAUUUCAUGCACUACAGUACAUUUGUAAAUUUACUCUUGCUGGUAGAGUGAGUGUUAACUGGAAAUGUUAAUGGUACUUUUAUAAUAGUAUUGGAGCGAUGACAGCUCGUGUCUAAGAACUUUGAUCUUCAAACCUGCGUGCAUGGGGCUCCUUAGCAUUUAGAAAAGCAGUAAGAACUUUGGAAAUACAUUUUAAUGUUUUAUGGUGUUUUCAAGUUCUUUCAAGUUGGACCUGUUAAAACAGUAUGAGGCAAAUUUUAUGGACUGGUUAUAUUUGAAGUUUUUUUGUGUAAUAACUUUUCUAAACACCAACUGAUGAAGUACUUCAUGAAGUAUGCAAUCUGACUUACAACUUGAAGGUAUCAUUUGGCCUAUUAAAAGUGCUCAGAAAAUUUCCCUAUUAGCAUGGUGAGGUUCUUAGAACAAAUAAAUUCCAGCCGUUGUUUUUUGUCUUUUUGGUAAUAAACUCAGUUCCCCAAAACAAAGCCCAAUGGUAUCCACUAGCGGGGAGAGGACCAACAAAAAGGCUGUAGCCCUCCCCUUUUGUCAGGCAUGACCUAAAUUACCCAGUUCUGUCAGGAUAGUUUUAGCAGCUGGGGGUGUGGACAGGCAUUUUCUUCUGGACUUGGUUGUGCCAGAGGAGGGAUUUACUGUUCUUCCUUUCCAAUCUGCCCUCGACUAUUCUCUGUGACAAUUUCCUCGCACAUGGAGCAGAUGAUGAGAUUUUUUCCUAAUUUGCUUCAGUGUAAAUGAGCAGGUUGGUAAAACACCUGUCUCAUCCCUUUUCAUCUUAAUACUGAAAAUGGGCCAGGUCGGUGAGUUGCACUUCCUUGUGCAAGCGCACUUGAUCUCUGCUGCCGAGUCCUGGGACCGCUGCUGUCUUGUGCUGGCAAGCGGUUGGUGAUAGGCGGGUGCAUGGUAACCUUCCACCGUACUGCAGCAUCUGUCCACAUAUUCAGAGUGUAGAGAGGAAAAUAAACGUGUAUCCUGCUCAAAAUCAGGGGGAGCAGCUGUGGCAACACAAAAUUUUUGUCACCUUGUGUUGUUCAAGGAGGUGGUAGAAGUGUGCGGAAGGAAAAGCCCCUUCUGUCAGCAUGUACUGUUCUGCUGUCCUGGCAGUGGUGCAGGGGUAGGGGAAGAGCCUUAAAGCUGAAGCCAGCGUCUUUAGCGAAUGCUUCCUAAUAAUGAGGCCACCGGCUGUGGCUGCAAGGAUGUUAUUAGGGCAGUUUGUAACUUUGCUAAGUGGCCAUUUGGUAAAAUAUAUGCUUGCACUCUGUUCUCUCAUGUUUGUGGCUUUGCAGAAGAGCUUUGACUUAGAUGUUUCUCAGGCAUAUCGUCAUCUCUGUGGACUUGACUG